AUGUGCUCACCUCUCUCUCAAAAUGAUGGGAAGGUGAGGUCUUGGGAGCUGCUUCUGAGUGGCAAUGCCAUGUUGCCCUUUGCCUGCCUGCAACCUGCUUGUGCCACUUGCGCACUGGAUUUCCGUAUCACUCUUGUCUACUAUUUGGCUGGUCUCAACCUGAGCCACCUGCCCAGGCUGAUCAGAGUCCACAUGCCUGUGCUAGAUGUUGCCACCAAUGGGCAAGCCCCACUGGGGAGAUCCCCCGGGGAGUCCCAGACUGGAGUAGCCCAUGUACCACCUCCUUUGGAUGUCUCUGCCCAGCCUUUCCUAGAUCUUGACUCCAGUUCUGGUGUGGAUUUUAACCCCAGCCUCAUGAACAACUUGACUUCUGUCCCAGUGUCCCCCACCACAGCACUGUCACUGCUUGCUUUUCCCAAGAAGUCCCCAUUGCUUGUUGGGCCCAUGCUGAUCAAAUUUAACCUUCUUGUGGAUCUGGAGUUUUUGGCAAAGCAGAAUCCAGAGAUAAAGAUGGGUGAGUAUUAUACCCCCAGAUGCAUCUGUCUUCACAAGGUGGCCAUCAUUAUUCUAUUCUGUAACAGGCAGGAGCACCUCAAAUACUGGCUGUAUUAUUUGCACAUAAUUCUGCAGUGCCAGCAGGUGGACUAUGGUAUUGUUAUCAACCAGGCUGGAGUCAGUAUGUUUAAUCAUGUUAAGUUUCUCAAUUACAGGCCUGUGCCACCAUGCCUGCCCAGUAGCAUUGGCUUUCAAGAAAUCUUAAAGAACUCUGACUACAAGUGCUUUGUAUUCAUUAAUGUGGCCUUCAUCCCAAUCAUGAUCUACAAAUGUUUUUCACAGCCACAUAUUUCUGUCUGAAUGGACAAGUUUGUAUUUAGCCUACCUUAUGUUCAGUGUUUUGGAGGUGUGCUGAGUAAAUGAUAGUUUCUUAUUAUGAAUGGAUUUCCUAAUAAUUAUUGAGGCUGGGGAGGAGAAGAUGAUGACAUUUUUAACAGAUUAGCUUUUCAAAGCAUGUCUGCAUCUUGCACAAAUGGUGUGGGUGGGAGGCAUUGCAUGAUCUGCCAUUCGAGAGACAAGAAAAAUGAACCCAAUCCUCAUAGGUUUGACCAAAUUGUACAUAUAAAGGAGACAGUGAAUAAUUCAGAAGAUAGUUAUUGUGAGAUUACUGGGAUGAACACAUUACUUUGUGCUCCCAUUCAGACCCAGGUACAGCAAAGAGAGUUUUCAAGUAAAGAACACAACCAUGAAAGGAAACAUGCAAAUGAUCAGACAGUCAUCUUUUCAGAUGAAAAUCAGAUGGAUCUGACAGCAAGUCACACUGUAAUGAUUACCAAAGACCUUUUAGAUUGUUCCAAAAAUGAAAAGUCCACUAAGAUAGAUACCACAUCCUUUCUAGCUAACUUAAAACGUCACGCUGAGGAUUCAAGAACAAAAAAAGAAUUAAAAAUUUCCAUAGAUCAAAACACUUCUGGAAGAAAAAGUAAUUCUAGUGACUUCAUGAAAAGACUGAAAACAGGAAAGUACAAUGCUUCUUCUUUUUCAGAGCCUAAUAAAGAAAACUCUGAAAUUCCUAUUUACUCCAAAGAAUCAAAUAAUGCCCCUUCCUCCCAUCAAAUAUGUACAUCUCUUAAUGUGGGUGAGAGAAGUAGCAAUAUGACUAGAAUCUUUGGAGAACAAGAUGAUGGAAUGAAUUUAACCCAUUGUCAUACAGCCAAUAUUCAGACUUUCGUUCCCAUAACCUGUGAAGCCAAUUUAAGGAAAUUUAAAGGUGACAUUACAGUUUGUGACAAUGAUUGUAUGGAUUUGACAGUUAACCACACAUUACAGGUUUUAAAUUCAUCUGAAACAGAAAAUCAAACUCAGACUUUCAUGGAUAUUGCAACAGGUUGUGGAACUAAAGCUCUAGGAAAGAAAGCAAUCUUUAAGAAACCACAUGCUGCUUUUCCAGACCCUUCCUUAAACCCUCAAAAUAAACUUCCUGUAACGAGAAGUCAUAUCACAGAGUCAGAAACUUGCACAGUCACUCAACCUUCUGAUCAAGAUGCCAGAACAUUGGUAGUAACUCAAGAAUCUAUGUGUUCUAGUGGACCAACUAUUCCAGAUAAUAAGACAAUUUUUUAUUCUACUUGUAAUGAUGCCAUGGAAUUGACUGAGUGUUUCUCAAGUAUGAAAGAAGAGACAAAUUUGCUGAAAUAUGACAGUAAUUAUUUUAAAAUAUGUCCCAAUCCCAAUGCCAUACCUUGUCUCAUGGAGAAAACUAUUUACUCAGGAGAAGACAGCAUUGAGUUUACCAAGAGUCACACAGUUGUAAUAGAUAAUCAAAUUUUUAAACAAGAUCAGGCAGAUGUACAGAUAGCAGCCACAUCAAUAUCUGAAAGAGGAAAGAUGUUCCAAAAUUAUAUAACUGGGUUAGAAGAUAGAAAAAUGAAUGGAAAUUAUAGCUUAGGUCCCAGUGUACCUAAGGGAAGAUUACAGCAGAGCCUGCUCUAUCAUGGUAAAGAUUCUCCUUCAUCAGCUGAGUGUAAUGAGGAGACAGCAACAAACCAUAAUAUAGUCUAUUCAAGGGCAGUUCUUGAUAAAGAAGCACCACUAGGAAAUAAUAGAAAUACAAUGGCAAGCAAGAACUCUUCAUUUUCUGACUCAGAGCCAUUACUUUCAUCAGAAAGGCAGUCUGCCGUAAAGAAUCAUACUGCUCUGAAUAAUCAGAUAGUGAAAUCUGUACUAGGCCAGAAUUCUGUACUUCCUGAGCCACUGAGGAAAAAUUUAGAAAAUCCUACACCUAACUAUUCUCAGGAUAAAAUGACUUUUUGUCCAGAGGAGGAGCAAGCUAUGGAUCUAACCAAGAGUCACACUGUUGUCAUUGGAUUUGGUCCUGCUGAAGUACAAGAAAUUAAUAAUACUAAUGUUGAGCACAGAGCCAUCCAGCUCCUAAGAGAAAGCACUCAGACAGCCAUAAAAGUGGAACAAUGUGAUAAGAGUCCUAUAGAAAAAAAUGAAGAACAUAUAUGUAAUAGCAAAGACAUGUUACAAGACAAAAAUAUACAGAAACCUGGAUUUCUAAAAGAAAAACAAAAUGUCAAAAAUCAUGGAAGAAAAAGUGUUGGUGCACUAAAAAUUGAUAAAACUGUAGUAUUUUCAGAGGGUGAUGAGAAUGAUAUGGAUAUCACCAAGAGUUACACAGUGGACAUUAACCAUAAACCUUUAUUAGAUAAGCCUGACUCUCAUGUGAUACCUUUGGCAGGAACUUCUAAAACUGCUUUGUAUGCAUGUUGGCAGGAUGAUAUGGAGAUCACUAGAAGUCACACAGCUGUUUUAGAAUGUAAACCUGUCUCACCAGAUGGAAUAGGUUCUAGGCCUAUGGACAGAACUGUGAUGUUUGUAAAUAAUCAUGAUGAAUUAGAACUGACUAAGUCACACACUGUUUUCAUUGACUACCAAGCCGAAAAGCAAGCCAUACUUCCAGAUGGCUGUAACUUUAAACAGUCCAGAAGGAAAAGCCUGCAAAACCCAGAAGAGACAACUCCUGUUGAAGAUAAUGUUUUUUCUGAAAAUGACCACCUAGCAUCAAAAGACAGACAAGUAGCAGUACUAGAAGAAUGGUCUCAUAGAGGUCCUACAGAGAAAGCCAUCGCGUUAUCUGAUGCGAACAUGGUCAUGUCUAAAUUAACCACUUGCAAAAAUGUCAAAGAUAAACAAAAGCCUGGAUCUAUGAAUGAGUCCCUGUCAGUCAAAAGUCAGAUACUACAAAGACUUAGUCACAAAAAUGACAAGCCCAUUGCACAUUCAAAGAAUGAUAAAAAUGACAUGGCUGUUGCCCAGAGUUGUAUGGUGGGAAUAAAUAGCAAACGUGCUCUUGAAGAGAGGGAUGGCUUCAGUUUGGUACCUUCGACAGGAAUCUCUAGAAUUGUUUCAUAUGCUUGUGGGCAGGAUGACAUGGAGAUCACUAGAAGUCAUACAGUUGUAUCAGCAAGUAAAACUGUGUCAUCAAAUGAAGUAACUAUUAGGCCUAUGGACAAAACUGUAAUGUUUGUAGAUAAUAAUGAUUUGGAAGUCACCAAAUCUCAUACUGUUUUCAUUGAUUGUCAAGCUUCAGAGAAAAUACUUAAAGAGCAUCCUAAAUUUGGAACAACAAAUGAAAAUAUCAGUGCUUAUUUUCCUAAGAUUGAUAACUAUGUUGAAGGAAUCACUAAAAACCAAGUGCUGGCUGUGGACAACAAAAUUGUUGCUCACCCUGAGCAAAAGGAUCAUAUAAUACCUCUUAUUCCUAUGAAUAUAUUUUCUGGGCAUCAAAGUGAAAUGGGAGUCAGCGAAUUCCAUGAGGCUGCUACAGAUGAAAAAUGCAUGGAAAAAGUUGUAGACCAGGCCAAUACAUUGGAAAAAGCCAGAAUUGAAAGCUGUCACUUAAACAGUAUGGAUAAAAAAAUUGUGGAUUUUACAAGUAGUUGUGUAGAUGCUAUUCGUGGGUCCAAUGAUAAUUAUUCUUGUUCACCGGAUGUUAUUUCUCCUUUUAAUAAUUUGGAGAAUAAUACCAUGCCCUUAUGUGAUAAUGAUAAAGUCAGCAAGUGCCUAAUGCAAAAUGGUAUUGAUGUUACAGAUAAUUUAGCCAAUGAAUGUUGUUUAGAAUCUGAGGGACCACCUCUUUCUGCUCCUUGUCCUUUGUUAGAGGAGGAAGUUAUUCCAACUAAUUCCAAAGGGGAGAUAGACUAUGCUAUAACACCACUCAAAGAUCAAGAUCUGCAAAAAGAGCCUCAAAAUCUAUUACCUAGUCAAACUUCAGUACAUAAUCAAAACCAGGGGGAGAUGACUAAACUUAAUUCAAAGCAUGUUUCUUUUAAGCUUCCAAAGGAUCAAAUAGAGGCCUUUGUUGAUGAUACUUUCAUUACUUCUCAGCCUGUCUCAACCCAAGAACUUCCGUUAAUCCAAAAAGGACUGAAUGUUGUCAGUGAACAUGAGUCAGUAUUGUCUAAUACUGAAAAUAAGAGUUUAAAUACUGUUACAGAGAAUUGCUUUGCACCCACAUGUUCAAACACAUCCAAAAUGUUCAAUAAUGAGAAACAGUUUGUUGUGGUCUGUAACAAAGAACUGAAGGAAAAUACAGAUAUCCACAUUAACACAGAUUUAACUACCCAAGUCAUUGAAACCUAUGCCAGUGCUAAAGAAGCAAAUCCUAUACUUGCAUCUAAUGUUCCAUGUUUUAGUAGUGUCAAGCCAAGCCUGAAUAAUUUGAGUGGAAAACCUAGAGAGUGUUUAGAUCUUCAAACUGCUUAUGUACUACCUGCAGAUGCUUCACUCAAAUUAGAAAACAAGACGCUCAAUAAUGUGAUUAUAGCACAGUCUACAGAAGUAGAUGAUGUAGUCUCCAGUGAUGUUAAACAUAACAGAGUUGAAGAAAAUAAAAAUUCUCAUAAUGGAGAUGAAACUACCUCUUUACUAUUAAAGACUGUUGGUAAAGGUAAAACGAGAUAUUCUUUGGGAAUAUUUUUGCCCAAAUUGCCAAACAAGAGAAAUUGUAGUGUCACUGGUAUUGAUGACCUAGAGCAGAUGCCAGUAGAGGUAGCUGCUUUAAAUCGUUUAGAUACUCAGCCAGUCUCCACCAAAGAUUCAGAAAUUGGGUCUGUUGCCACUAAUCUGAAUUUAAGUCCAUCUCAAUAUAUAAAUGAAGAAAAUCUUCCUGUAUAUCCUGGUGAGAUUAAUUCCUCAGAUUCAAUUAAUAUAGAAAUUGAGGAGAAGGCUUUGAUUGAGACACAUCAGAAAGAAAUUUCACCAUCUGAAGACAAAAUGAAAGAAAUCAGCAACAACCAAAAAAGAGCCUGGGUACAAGAAGAAGAUGAUGUUGAAAAUAAGAAAAAAAUCAGAAAAUAUGAGAUUAAUUUUAGUGAUUCUACACAACAUCAGGAGAUUUUUGAUCAUCAGACUGAAGAGGACAUAGAUAAAAAUGCUAACAGUGUAUUGACAAAAAACCUGAGCAGGACCCCAUCUAGUUGCAGCAGCUCUCUGGAUUCAAUCAAGGCUGAUGGGACCUCUCUCGACUUCAGCAUAUAUCGAAAUAGUCAAAUGGAAUCCCAGUUUCUCGGACACACUAUUUGUGAAGAGACCUUUUUUCAGAAACUCAAGGAUGGGAGAAUAACAGUAAGAGAGUUCUUCAUACUUCUUCAGGUCCAUAUCUUGAUACAGAAACCUCGGCAGAGCAGCCUCCCAGCCAAAUUUGCUAUAAAUACAUCACCUACUCCAGAAGAUCUGAUGUUAAGACAGUAUAUUUAUGGACCCAAGAUACAGAUUUAUAGAGAAGAUUGUGAGGUUCUUCACCAAAGGAUUGAAGAAUUAAAAGUCUCUGCAUUGAACCAAGAUAAGCUGUUGACUGAUGUUAACAGGAACCUAUGGGAAAAAAUGAGAUGCUGCUCUGAUGAAGAGUUAAAGGCCUUUGGAAUUCACCUUAACAAAAUGAAGUCGCGUUUUACCAAAAUGACUAAAGUCUUCACUCACCAAGGAAAAGUGGCUCUGUAUAGCAAGCUGAUACAAUCAGCUCAGAAUGAGAGGGAAAAACUUCAGAUGUGGAUAGAUGAAAUGGACAAUAUACUUAAGAAGAUUGAUAACUGUCUCACUGAUGUGGACAUAGAAACUAAGAAUUUAGAGGAUGAAGAGAAAGACAAUCCUAUGGAAGAAUGGGGUUCUGAAAUGAGAGCUGCAGAGAGAGAUUUAGAACAGCUAAAAACUGACGAGGAGGAGCUUCAAAGAAAGCUCUUAGAACUGGAAGUACAGAAAGAGCAAAUCCUUGCUCAGAUAGAUUUUACAAAGAAACAAACAAAGAGAACUGAAGAGCUACUGGAUCAUUUGAGGGCAGAGGAUAAAGCUCCUUCUUCCUCCCUUUUGGUUCAUAAACUUAUUUUUCAAUACAUUGAGGAACAGGAAUCCUGGAAGAAGAGAUGUACAACACAGCAUCAGGUACCCAAGAUGCUUCAGGAACUUUCACUGGUAGUGAGCCAUUGCAGACUCCUUGGAGAAGAGAUUGAAUUUUUGAAGAGAUGGGGACCAAAUUAUAACCUUAUGAACAUAUAUGUGAAUAAUACUGAAUUGAGGCUUUUAUUCUCCAGCUCUGUAGCAUUUGCAAAGUUUGAGAUAAUUUUAUAUCUCUCUGCUCAUUAUCCAUUGGUCCAAUUACCUUUUACCAUUCGAAAUUACCUUGGGAACACUGGCCAAGAUGAAAUUGCUUCCAUUAUAUCUAAGGUGCCAUUAGAAGACAACUAUUUGAAGAAUGUAGUCAAGCACAUUUCCCAAGAUUUACUUCAGGACUGCCACUUCUACCACUAGACUCAUGAACCACAGCUGUGACCACCAAACAAGACUGUACAUACUUGUGAUGUUAU